AUAAAAAAGCCUCUUACAUCUCAGAUUUCUUGUUUGACAAGUGAAUCUUAUGAACAGCUGGAUUUUUUGCCUGAUAAACUAAGAGCAAAGCUGCUUCCUUUUCAGAAAGAAGGCAUCGCUUUGCCCUUAAAAGAAAUGGCAGGUGCAUGGUGGCUGAUGAAAUGGGUCUAGGAAAGACAAUCCAGGCAAUUGCCAUCGCUUACUUCUAUAAGGAGGAAUGGCCUCUUUUAAUAGUGGUCCCUUCAUCUCUGAGGUAUCCUUGGACAGAAGAAAUAGAAAAAUGGAUCCCAGAGUUAGAUCCAGAAGAAAUCAGUGUUAUUCAGAAUAAAACUGAUGUUGGGAGAAUAUCGACCAGCAAAGUGACAGUUCUGGGUUACGGUCUCUUAACGACAGAUGCAGAGACUUUGAUAGAUGCACUGAACACUCAGAACUUCAGUGUAGUGAUAGUGGAUGAAUCACACUACAUGAAGUCCAGAAACGCAACUCGCAGCAAGGUUUUAUUGCCAAUAGUACAGAAAGCCAAACGAGCCAUUCUUCUGACGGGAACUCCCGCUUUGGGAAGGCCUGAAGAGCUUUUUAUGCAGAUUGAAGCUCUCUUUCCACAAAAAUUUGGAACAUGGACUGAAUAUGCCAAAAGAUACUGUAACGCACAUGUCAGAUAUUUUGGUAAAAGGUCUCAGUGGGAUUGUAGAGGGGCGUCAAAUCUUAAUGAACUUCAUCAGUUAUUAAGUGACAUAAUGAUUAGAAGGCUAAAGACUGACGUUUUAACCCAGCUGCCCCCUAAAAUCAGACAGCGUAUUCCUUUCGACCUUCCAUCAGCAGCAGCCAAGGAAUUGAAUGCCAGCUUUGAAGAGUGGGAAAAAUUAAUGAGAGCUCCAAAUUCCGUUGCCACUGAGACUGCUAUGGGGUUGAUUACUCGCAUGUUUAAACAGACUGCUAUUGCCAAGGCAGGUGCUGUAAAGGAUUAUAUUAAGAUGAUGCUUCAGAACGAUUCGCUUAAAUUUCUGGUUUUCGCUCACCACUUACUCAUGCUCCAGGCUUGCACAGAAGCAGUCAUAGAAAACAAGACUCGAUAUGUUAGGAUAGAUGGAAGUGUUCCGUCUUCAGAAAGAAUACAUCUGGUUAAUCAAUUUCAAAAGGAUCCUGAGACCCGUGUGGCUAUCCUAAGCAUUCAGGCUGCUGGUCAGGGUUUGACAUUUACUGCUGCCACUCACGUUGUAUUUGCUGAGUUGUACUGGGACCCUGGGCAUAUAAAGCAAGCAGAAGACCGUGCUCACCGAAUUGGACAAUGCAGUUCUGUGAAUAUUCACUACCUCAUUGCAAAUGGGACUCUGGACACCCUCAUGUGGGGAAUGUUGAAUCGCAAGGCGCAGGUUACCGGGAGCACAUUGAACGGUAGGAAGGAGCGACUUCAGGCUGAGGAAGGGGAGAAGGAAAAAUGGGAUUUCCUGCAGUUUGCUGAAGCUUGGACUCCCAAUGAGAGUUCGGAGGAGCUCAGGGAUGAAGUUUUGUUCACUCACUUUGAAAAAGAAAAACAGCACGAUAUCCGAACCUUCUUUUUACCAAAACCUAAAAAAAGGAACUCGGUGACCUCCUGUGAUGACUCAAAGCUAUUCCACGAGAAAAAUACUGUAGUGCCACUAGGCCCUGGAAAAAUACCUACAAGAGAUACCACUGAUUUUGAAAACAGUUUUGAACCUGAAGCUAAAAGACAGAAGUCAGUCACCCCCGAUGACCGUGGCAGCCCCCGACAGGCGCAGCCGGCCUGGCCCCGGAAAACCACAGCUCUAGCCCAGGCCACCGCCCCGGCCCCUCCCCACGAGGACUGGCAGUGUGGUUUCUGCACCUACAUCAACAACGCAUUGCUGCCUUACUGUGAAGUGUGUGGGAAUCCUCACGGCAGCGCUGAUAGCCUACAUUAUACCCUGGAUAAAAACAAAAAUGAGGAAGAUGAUUCUCAGAAAAACACUUCCAAAAACGUUUGCACUAAUUCUGACUGUGAAAAACGAGUGCUUGUACAGACAGAACCGGAACCGUUGGCUGAGAGCAAGGAGGAAAUAUCGAAAAUUGAGAGAGAAGAUGGACUCGCGCCCCAGCCAGGUGAUGAACAGUCGAAGCGCGCAGACCCUCAGCCAGUGUACAGCACCCUCAUGUUUCGUGCAAGUAGGAACACCGACCGGAUCCACCUCUACACCAAGGAUGGGAACCGAAUGAACUGCAAUUUCAUUCCUUUGGAUAUAAAAUUAGACCUUUGGGAAGAUUUACCAGCAAGCUUUGAGCUGAAACAAAAUCGCUCCCUGAUUUUGCGGUUUGUGCGUGAAUGGAGCAGCCUCACAGCCAUGAAGCAGAGGGUGGUCAGGAGGAGCGGGCAGCUGUUCUGCAGCCCAGCGCUGGCAUUCGAAGAGGCCACAAAGCAACAGACCAAACAAAACAGCACAAAAAGGUACAUAACUAAAGAAGAUGUUGCUGCAGCCUCGAUGGACAAAGUGAAGAAUGCGGGGGGCCAUGUCCGUCUGAUCACCAAGGAGGCUGGGCCGCAGGACACUUCUACAAAGGAGUGUCUUGAAGAUGGAGCCUCUGUCCCAUCUCUGACUCCCUGCCUAGCGCAAGCUGGUCUCACUGUGAAGCCUCCUGCGUCCAAAGGCUACCUGCAAGCUGUGGAUAAUGAAGGAAAUCCACUUUGCCUCCGCUGUCAGCAGCCCACGGGCCAAACUAAGCAAGAGUGCAAAGCAAACGCUUGGGACUCACGGUUUUGCUCUCAGAACUGUCAGGAGGAGUUUUGGAUUCGUUCUAAUAACAGUUACCUGCGAGCCAAAGUAUUUGAAAUUGAACAUGGUGUGUGUCAGCUGUGUAAUCUGAACGCACAAGAGCUCUUUUUACGUCUGAGAGACGCUCCUAAAAGUCAGCGGAAGAGUCUUCUGGAUGUUACCUGGACCUCAAAGCUCCCUCUAGAUCAGCUUAACGAAAUGGUCAGAGCCCCCGGGGAAGGGCACUUCUGGCAGGUGGACCACAUCCGGCCGGUGUUCGGAGGAGGAGGACAGUGCUCCCUGGACAACCUGCAGACUCUCUGCACAGUCUGUCACCGAGAGGUCAGUGCCCCUCCGCUCGUCCCACUCCGUCCCGGGCCUCGUGACAUCGUGCAUGCCGGCAGGGAGAGGACUGGGGAAUCUACGUCCUGGGCUGGGAUCCAAGGCACAUUUUAUUUCUUUCAUCGCCUAACACUGUGUUUCCUCUCGAGGCCUCGGUCUCAGUCACAGAUGGGAGAGAAGCUGCUUGCCUUCUGAUUCAUCCCAGGACCCGGAAAUUUCCCCACUGCCUAGCAGAAAAGAAAUACAGUGUAGUUUGCAUGGUCUUGAAGAGACCCAGACCUUCCAGCUAGACAUUUAGUGAAUUGGGGCAGUGACAUGUUUGCAUGUGCGGCUAAGGAUGUCCCGAAAUGUCUAAGAACGUUAAUAAACUAUCUCUAGGACCAACUCAGUUCAACAUGCAAACAUUGCACUCUUGGCCAAAGUAUAAAACCUGUUAACCUCGGCACAUCUUUGAGCAAUGAAUGACUUGUUGCUUAAAACGAGCGGGGGAAAAUGACACAGUAUUUGUUUAUCAACUAGGAUGAAUUUUUAACGGGCAGUCAGCAAAAGGAAGUCAGGCCUACCUGUUGAGAUAAUCUUCGAAAGAAACACUUACUCAAUACGCAACUUUGCAUCUGACUUAUUUUUCCCCUUUGGCAGAUUUAAGCAUUUUCCCACAUUCCCAUGAUAAGCAUUCAUAAUGUUAUUGUCUAAAGUGGCUGCACAUGAUUCUGUUGAAUAGACCUCUACUGUAGUGUAUUUAGCCCUUCCUAUGCGAAUGCACAUUGAAGUUACUUACAUUCUUUUUUGUUCUUAUACAUAUUGUUGCCACACACUUUUUUUUUGUUUAAUGUUUUGAGGUCAUUCCUUAAGCAGGAUUCUCAGAUCUAAAAUAUCACUGAGUCACGUGUAUUUUUGAGGCUGAU